AUGACAUGCCCGGGCAAAGAAGGUGGAGACUCUUACCGUAAAGAGCCUGCUAGACUGGAUGGUCAUUCCGAAGUCGAAUGCCCUGCAUCAAUUGCAAGUAUUGAUAAAGAUACAGUACAACACAACAGUAUCAGCAUUGCAGAGCAUAAAAUGAGUCAAUGCAUCAAAGACAAUACCUUUAGUUGUGUAGAGGCAGGCCUACAGCCGGGAAACAAUGAUUGUGGCAAGGCUAGCAUGCAGAUCUCUACACAGGUACACGAAAGUAUCAAUGCCUCAACUGCUAAGGAAUUCAGGAGAAAGGCUAAACAGAGAGUAUGCUCGAAUUGCCAAACCACAAGCACUCCCUCGUGGAGAAGGGGCGACAACGGAAAGUCUUUGUUAUGCAACGCAUGCGGGUUAUAUCAAAAACUCCACGGAAAAACACGACCUUAUUCCAUGGUAUCUAGUGCGAGAGCCAAAACCAUCAAAGACGGACCGAAGAAAAGCACAUGCAUAUCAUGCAAUCGCGAAUUACCAGCCUUCGAAACGAAUAGCGGAUUCAUUAAUCUAUGCAGUCAAUGCCUUGCGUACACAAGAGGAGGAAAGUAUCCGGAGCAUACAAGCAGGGAAUGCUAUCAAAGCGGAUUUAAUACAAAAAUCCCCAUGCAAGGAUACAACGAUCUUUACAGUGACACACACAGCCAAUAUCACAAGGUAUACAGCAGUCCUCCAGAAAACAUACUGUUUGGCGAGUACAACACCUACAAUUAUCAUCAGCAGAUGGCAUGCAAUCAGGUUUGUGACAUGUAUACAUCAGGCAUAGCAUACAAGCCUGUCCAUGCUGAGCUUGAGUACAAGAAUCACCAUCCGAGCAUUGUGCAGGAAAAUGAUCAUGGAGCCAGAAGCUACAAUCAUAGGAUGCAAUGCUACCCUAAAGACUAUGAAUGCGAUAACGACGGAAGCGCUUCAAGUGAUAUGAGCACAAGACCAAACCUCUAA